AUGACCAACCCAAUAUCUCAGCCAACAAGCGCUCCAUCCGUGCCAACAAUUAUCAUUGUCGCAGGGACUGCUGGCACGGGCAAGUCUACCAUAGGGGCAGCCCUUGCGGAGCUCAUGGGGACUCCCUUCAUAGAAGGCGACGGGUUACAUCCUCCAACAAAUAUCCAAAAAAUGGCAAACGGCAUCCCACUGGAUGACGAGGACCGGUGGGGCUGGCUGAGAGAGCUCGCGGAACAUGCCAGAAGGAUCACGCUUGAGCGGCAAGGCCCGGUGGUCGUCACAUGCUCCGCGCUGAAAAAGAAGUACAGGGAUUUUCUUCGCGAGGUGUGUGGGGAAGUGCGCCUGGACUUCCUGGUUCUGCAUGCUUCCCAGGAGGAGGUCUUGGAACGGGUCGCCCGCCGCAAAAAUCACUAUAUGGGGCCCGAGAUGGUAGCGUCGCAGUUUCGCGACUUGGAGUUACCGAGCGCGGAAGAACCCGACUGCGCAUUAAUCAGAAGUACUGAAGGAAGUCCCGGCGAUACGCUCAACACGGCGUUACGGAAGUUGCAAGAUCUUGCGAAUCCGAGCACACCCGCAGGCUCUGCAUACGACCAGCAGUAA